AUGGCGAUGCCUCAGAGAUAUGUCACUGAUCCGAGAAGCGGUUUCUGCAGAGCAAACUCCACAUUCUUCACUAAACGCAACCCCUUGAAUCUCCCGGCGAAUCCUUCGCUCGACGUCACAACUUUCAUCUCCUCUCAACCCCACCGUGGCACCACCGCCUUCAUCGACGCCGCCACUGGCCACCGUUUAAGCUUCUCCGAUCUCUGGAGAGCCGUCGAUCGUGUCGCCGACUGUCUCCACCAUGAAAUCGGAAUUCGUAGAGGAGACGUCGUACUCAUCCUCUCUCCGAACUCCGUGUACAUUCCCGUCGUCUACCUCUCCGUCUUGUCUCUCGGCGCCGUCGUCACCACCGCGAACACUCUCAACACCGCCGGUGAGAUAUCCAGACAGAUCUCCGACAGCAACCCGACGCUCGCGUUCACGACGCGCCAGCUCGCACCCAAACUCCCCGCCGGUAUCUCCGUCGUCCUCACCGACGACGUGGAGGAGCGCACUCGUGGAGUCGAUGUCGUGGGGAUUUUGAGCGAGAUGAUGAAGAAGGAACCGAGUGGGAAACGAGUCAGAGACCGAGUCAACCAGGAAGACACGGCGGCGAUGCUUUACUCGUCGGGGACCACAGGACAAAGCAAAGGCGUGAUCUCGUCUCACGGGAAUUUGAUUGCUUACGUGGCGAGAAAGAUAUCGGAGGUUUCGUUGCCGGACGAGAUUUUGAUCUGCACCGUCCCGAUGUUUCACACCUUCGGGCUGUUGAAUUUCGCUCUGGCCACCGUUGCAACUGGUUCGACGGCGGUGAUCCUCCGGAGAUUCGAGCUAGACGACAUGAUGGCCGCCGUCGAGAAGUACAAGGCGACGGCUCUGACUUUGGCGCCGCCGGUUUUGGUGGCUAUGAUCAACGGAGCAGAGAAGAUCAAGAGGAAGUACGAUCUGAGCUCGCUGAGAACGGUGAGGAGUGGUGGAGCGCCGUUGAGCAAGGAGGCAACGGAGGGGUUUCUGGAGAAAUAUCCGACGGUCGUUAUACUUCAGGCGUAUGCGUUGACGGAAUCAAAUGGUGGAGGAGCUUUCACGGAGACGGUGGAGGAGAGCCGGAGAUACGGUGCGGCGGGGAAGUUGACGUGUGAUGUGGAGGCCAGGAUCAUGGAUCCGAAUUCGGGUCGGGCUUUGGGAAUUAACCAAACGGGCGAGCUCUGGCUCAAGGGCCCGACUAUUGCUAAAGGUUAUUUUAAAAACCAAGAAGCUACGAAUGAAACCAUCAAUUCAGAAGGAUGGCUAAAAACAGGAGAUCUCUGCUAUAUUGAUGAGGAUGGGUUUGUUUUCGUCGUGGAUCGAUUGAAAGAACUAAUCAAAUACAAAGGCUAUCAGGUGCCUCCAGCUGAGCUAGAAGCUCUCCUAAUCAUUCAUCCAGACAUUGUCGAUGCCGCAGUUAUUCCGUUUCCGGAUAAAGAAGCAGGACAAUAUCCGAUGGCUUACGUGGCACGGAAGCUUGAGAGCAAUCUCUCUGAGAAACAAGUUAUCGACUUCAUCUCAAAACAGGUGGCACCGUAUAAAAAGAUAAGAAAAGUCGCUUUUAUAAACUCCAUACCAAAAUCUGUAUCCGGCAAGACACUUCGUAAGGAUCUAAUCAAACUAGCCACUUCUAAACUUUGA